AUGUACCGAUCGCGUAUGGUGGAUUUGCCCAGCUCUGGCCAUGCAAUGGUUCCAUGCAUUGACAUGGCUAACCAUGCAUCUGAGGAUAUUGUGAAAGCUUUAUACGAAGAGGAUACAGAAGGCAAUGCUGUGCUUCAGCUACGAUCGGGGCGGAAACUUCAUUCCGACGAGGAAGUUACUAUAUCGUACGGGGACGACAAACCAGCAUCGGAGAUGAUAUUCUCCUAUGGAUUCCUCGAGAGUGAGAGAGGAGGUGCAAAGCAGAUAUUUCUCAAUCUGGACAUCCCCGAAGACGACCCAUUGAUUAUGGCCAAGAAACGAGUUUGCAAGGCACCGCCAGGACUUCGUUUAUUCGAUGCCCCUACGGCAGAAAGGGGUAGCACUGAUUGGGAUAGUCCGUUUGUCUGGUGGCUUUGCGUGAACCAAGAAGACGGGCUUGAAUUUGAAGUAUUACAAACCAAUGAUGGGGGUAGAGAAGUCAAAGUCAGUUGGAAAGGUGAGGAGAUCAAAGAUCCCAAUGACAUCAAAUCCUUAUUGGCCAAGGACCCUCUGUGGGAUAUUUUCCAGCUUCGAGCUGUGGUGACUGUGCUGGAUCGGCUAGAAUCUCAUUUUCUCAUUCUUCGAGAAACUCAGAUCAUGGUUGAGGAGAUCAAUCACAAUGAGGAUAUGCUUGCACUCUUCAGGCCUGAGGUGUAUAAUACAAUUAACAGUCUACGUGAGUUGGAGGGGAAGCUGUUGGAAAAAGGGAUCGAGGAUUUGGUUCAGCAGAGACAGGAUCUUAUGGCGAGUGAGGCGGUCGCCGCAUAUCUUACCCAGCAACAGGCUGAUGAUGUCGAAGAGGAUUUCUCGUGA